CGGAAGCGAUUAUUCCCCACCGGCGUCUGGCGGGGUGGGGGGCGGGCUCGCACCCCGAAGAGACACGGGCCUCCCCGCGUCCACCGCUUUGAUCGCACCGCCACCCCGGGCCCCCGCCCUCGGCCCCGGGGCCAGUAUAACUAAAGGCCGUGCCCCUCCCGGCGAUGCACUGGGGUCGGGCAGCGAUGGCCGCAGCGGAGUCCAGCCAGCUCCAGUUCGAGGAGAUCGCCGCGCCCCCCGCCUACCUGCCCGCCCACCCCGGCGGGGCGUUCCUGCCGCCCCCGAACCCCGCCGCUGGCCUGCUCCUCGCGCGCCCCUCGGGCUCUGCUCCGGAGCUCGGCGCCCCGGGAGCCUUCGCCGGCUUUCUCGGGAGGGGUCCCGGGCCCGCCGCGCCGCCCCCCGCCGCCCUGGGCCCGCCUGCGCCCCCUAAAGGCGCGGCCGUCUCGUCGGCGUCGCAGCGCCGCAAGCGCACGUCGUUCAGGCCGGAGCAGCUGCAGCUGCUGGAGCUGGUCUUCCGCCGGACCAUGUACCCCGACAUCCACCUGCGUGAGCGCCUGGCCGCUCUUACCUUGCUCCCCGAGUCCAGGAUCCAGGUGUGGUUCCAGAACAGGCGGGCCAAGUCACGUCGUCAGAGCGGGAAACCCUUUCAACCCUCAGCCAGGCCAGAGCUAUUCCUCCACCACUCUGCUUGUGAAACUGAAGCAAAGUAUUUGAAGCCCCAGCUGCCUCUGGAGGUAGAUGUGAACUGCCUGCCCGAUCCCAACAGGGUUGGAGGAGGCAUCUCUGACCCUAACUCUCAGGGUCAGAAUUUUGAAACCUGUUCUUCUCUCUCUGAAGACAUUGGUUCAAAGCUGGACUCAUGGGAGGAACACAUCUUCUCUGCCUUUGGUCACUCUUGAGUCUGGGAGGAUUCAGGGUGAGCUCAGAGGAACCAUGACUGACAGUCAGGGGGAUGCACAUCGGAAUACUGUCCUUUCUGGCUUCCAUGUUAAGGACUCAUCCGUGUUAACCUUGAUAAUGGUCUUGAGUCAUCUCUCACCUGUGAAGCCUCCUCCCCUGUUGCCCAUGGCCUGUUCUUUCUUCAUAGUACACACCACCUAGGAGUUCUGGCAUUUAUUUUUACCAACACAUCUCCAAAUAUGCACAUUCAUUUUGGUCCCCUUAUCUGUUCCUUCUUACCAGCCCUGUUGUAAUUUUUCCGAAUUAGUUUCUCAGAACUCAUCAUCUUCACAAGAACUCCUCAGUGUGACUCUGUUUCCUCUUGUCCUUGACAGCUGCUGUCUUCAUAUGGCUCCCCCAAAGGCUAAUAACCUUAAACUUAUGUUAACCCAGCUCCUUCAACCCUCCUACCAUCAAGAUUUACUCCUCUUAAAAUCGGGCCUCACAUCUUUACACUCCUUCAUAGUUCCAGUGAUUCUGCAUCCAGAUUAUUCAAGAGACCCCUGCCUCUAUUUUCUCAACUUAAAAAAAAAAACUACUCUCUAAAACCUGUAGUAGCUUUCAGUUGCUGCCAAAGUGUAAAGACCUUUUGGUUACCCUUCUAGGUAACUGACAUUGAGAGCCUAUAGGACAGUUAUGCACAUCUUAAUUUCACCCAUCCACAAUAUAUGUCUCUGUCCUAAAGCCAUUUCUUUCAGUUUUGGAAGCAAGUGCAUAACCUCUCUCUUUUCAAAACACUCUAGACCUCCCUCUUGCUGAAGGCUAUAACUUUUUCUAAUCCUGAUUUUGUACCCGUUACUUCAGUCACUGCAGCAUUACCCUUAGCACUUGUUAACUGUACUUCUGUGCAACUUUAGUUUAUUAUUAUUAAAUGUUUU